GCAAUCACCAACAUCCUGGGCCUAUCGGCUUACACAGCCCUCGUAGCAAUCUCCCUUCCUUACAUCCAACAACACAACAUCCCCUCCCGUCUCCAAACCUCCCUCAACAAGAUCCUCUCCCCGCCGACAGACGACACCUUUUCUGACCCCGAAGUCUCGACAACCGAGCCCUACAUCUGCCAAUCCCAGAACUACACGACGCAAAUCGUGUCCCUCGAUCCAUUGGUAAUCUACAUCCACAACUUUCUCUCUGAAGCAGACAUCACAUCCCUCCUCGAAGCAGGCGAGCCGGCCUUCAAACCCUCGUAUGUCGUCAAGAAUGGUAGAACGCAGGGAACACCGGAUAGAACUUCCUGGUCUGCUGGCUUACCUGCCGAUGACAUCGCCGUGCAGUGCGUAUUAGCCAGGGCAGAAGGGUUCUUGGGCACGAUGAUGGCGCCUGGACGAGACGAGAUUGGCCCGCCUCAAUUGGUGCGAUAUACAAAAGGCCAGAGAUUCAAUGUCCACCACGACUGGUACGAUGAUUUCCAACCCGACGUCAGAACCGGGCGAAGACGAAAAUGGAACCGGAUCGCGAGCUUCUUUGCGAUUUUGGAGGAUGAGUGUACGGGCGGUGAGACAUGGUUUCCCAAGAUCGAGGCCAUUACGCCGCAGCAUCGGAGGGUAGAUGAUGAGGGGACGAUGUGGAGGAAGCAUAACGAUGGUGGGAUCGCGUUUAAACCUGUGAAGGGCAAUGCCGUGUUUUGGGUGAAUUUGCAUGAAAAUGGGACGGGGGAUGGGAGGGUUGUGCAUGCUGGGUUGCCUGUUGGGGAUGGGUUGAAGACCGCGAUGAAUAUUUGGCCGAGGAGGUAU